GGUAUAUUCAUCAUUUCUGGUCUAUCAAAGUGCUGGCUUCAUAUCGUACGUGAUCAUGGAAACGAUUGAACAUCUGGUGGUCAGAUUCGAGCAUGUAGGUGAUGUUUUCGUAGCAGCCGCUGCCGAAAAAAAUCCUCUGCUGAGAAGGGAAAAAAUCCAUGCGGCUAUACGAUAUCACAAGGCGGUCAUAGAAAUGGGAAAGUUGUUGAACAAAUGCUUCAGUCCUUGUAUGGUGGUUCAUAUCAGUUUGACAGGCCCAGUCUUGGGUGUUGCUGGAUUUAGAUUUCUGACAAGCACUUCAGUUAGUGAUGUGAUUUACUCGAUGGAUUGGUAUAAUCUGGAAAAAGAUUUGCAGAGAGAUUUGAUGAUAGUGAUGAUGAGAUGUCAAAAACCUGUUCUGGUCAGAGCUGGACCUUUUGGAACUAUGAGGUAUUCAACUAUAGUGACGAUCCUCAAAACGUCCUAUUCUUACAUAACAUUGUUGAAGCAGACCAUGUAAAUAACUGGACAGCGCAAUAAUUAUCAACUAUUUAUUUUUCUACACCAUCUCACUGAGUAAAAAUUGCAAUGUUUGCAUAUGAUCAUUCAAAAUGAUAUUGUUAAUAAUGAUCCAUAGAAAUACACCUUCAAUUGUUCUUUUUGACUAACAAUGAUUUCGAACUUACCUAAAAUUUUCGUAUCGAAAUAUUGUGAUGGAAUUUUUACAUACCUAACAUAUUAUACU